GUUACAGCUAAUGUUAUUGUUUAUUUUUAGUUAAAGGCACUUGUUAGUCACGGCCGUCAUGAUGCGGAAGAGACCCGAGGAUGUGAUUAACAUCAAACAGAACCAGCUGAUCAACUUGGAACCGUAGUUGUUUAUUUGUUUGUGUUUUUACAGAAAAGAAAAGGUUAGUUUGUUAAUAAAGGACAGUUCGGUUUGACUGAGCAGCAACAUGUCGUCAGAGGAGCUGGAGAAGCUGCAUGAAAUCUACAGAUGUCUGUAUGAAGAGCUGAAGCUCAUCCCUCACAGAGCUCUGACAUGUCACGGAGAGGACAGGAGGAGGUUGGUGAGGACCUUUGAUGAGAGGCGGGGAGAAGCUGAGGAAGUGUUACAGGGGAUGGAGGAGGAGCUGCGUGCAGCCCCCGCCCCCUACAGGAACAGCAUGGUUACAAAGCUCCGCCUCUACCGCAGAGACCUGGGCAAGCUGCAGAGAGACAUGAAAAGCUCCACGUCAGGGUCCGGCUCCUCUGCCCCGACGCUGCAGGGAGGACAGCGUGGCGUGUACUCGUCACAGAACGAGCAGAGCACACAGCAGCAGAGCCAGAGAGCGCUGCUGCUCCAGGGCUCAGAGUAUCUGAACAGCGCCAGCCAGAGCAUCGAACGGAGCCAUCGCAUCGCUGCCGAGACCGACCAGAUCGGUACCGACAUCAUCGAGGAGCUGGGAGAGCAGAGGGAGCAGCUGGACCGGACCAGAGACAGACUGGUAAACACAGGAGAAAACCUGAGCCGCAGCAGAAAGGUCCUGCGUGCCAUGUCCCGCAGGCUGAUGACAAACAAGCUGCUGCUGGCCAUCAUCAUGGUGAUGGAGGUGGCCAUCCUGGCUGCUGUGGUUUACCUGAAGUUCUUUAAGAAGUGAACUCCUCCCGUCUGACAACAGCUUUUCUCCCCCCGCCUCCUCCCUGUGUCCUGCAGCAGUAACUCAGACAUGGUCCAGCUGUCCCAGCUUCUACUGAGUCUGUUAGAGUCCUGGAGGGUCUGCUGGGACCACCGAUCCCACCUGUCCUCAGUGAACAUGAAGCCUGACAGCUGCUCCAGCUGUGUUUGAGUCCAGCUGUUGAUCAGAAACAUCUACAGAUGUGGACAAACUGGAUGGUACCAUUACAGAAGAAUCAAAAACCAUCUGAUGACUCCUCUAGUUUCUCCUCGUCAGCCUCGUGGUGAAUUCUUCUGGUUUUACUGUUUUCCUGUCAUCAGUGGACCUCWUCAGAGUCCACAAUGAUUUCCUCAUCCUGGAGGGUGGUCCCAGUCCCACCAAACCUUCUACUUUUUAAUCACAUCCACCAAUUCAAAGGUUAAUCUUUUCUUUAAGGUACCAAUAAAUGUGUUCAUGGUAUUUAUUACUGCACAGCUUCACAAGACAAACACAGAGUAAAGAUGUGCAGAAACUGAUUGGUUUGAAUGAAACGUUGUAAAGAGCUGAGGGGGAGGAGCCAACAACAGGAAGCAGCUCUGUUUGCUAACCAGGACUUUACAUGUCUGAUGACGUGAAGACGAUGUUCUGAAGGCUUCACACAGAAACUUUGUUUUCAACAAGUACUACUACAUCCAGUUACUGUGCUCACACUGUUCCCUGCUCAGAAGCAUGUGUGGAAUUAAAGCUAAUGACCAGUUUAUUGUGUGUUUCUGGGGAAAUAAACUUAAAAAAUAAAAACCAUUAAUGACAAUUUUAAGGUAAAAUUUCUUCUCUUUAGAAAUGAUAGCUGAAGGUGUUUUUGGUCCAACUGUAAAAUGAUCAGUCCUGUUGUGAACGGCUCUCACCUGCUGUCAUGUCAGUUUUAACUCAGUAUCUGUCAAAAUGAUUAAAGUUUUGAUCAGUUUCUGUUGA